AUGUACCUGAGGAUGGGCUUGGUACAAAUGUCUGGAAGCCGUAUGUACUGGGAGACAGAUACACGGCACCCCCCUAUUGCUGAUGUGAUGCCACGCAACAGAUUCCAAUCUCUGUUGACAAAAUUACAUUUUGUCAACAAUUUGACAGUGUCAGAGAUUGAAAAGAGGGACAAACUCUGGAAACUCAGACCAUGGCUUGAAUCAUUCAGGGAGAAAUGCCUGCAGGUGGUACCAGAAGAGCACAAUUCUGUGGAUGAAAUGAUGAUUCCUUUCAAGGGGAAGUUCAGCAGCAUCAAGCAGUAUAUGCGAGGCAAGCCACAUCCAUGGGGGUUCAAAGUAUGGGUGAGAGCUGGAAUCUCUGGCAUGAUGCUUGACUUCGAUGUAUACCAGGGCAGCAAGAAUGGAAUACGCGUCAAAUCUGAACUUGGAUUGUCAGGUGAUGUUGUAUUGAAGCUUGCCUCCACACUUCCUAAGGGUCAGAACUACAAGAUCUAUGCAGACAACUACUUCACCUCUGUUCCACUGGUAGUGAAGCUCCUUGAGCAUGGAAUUCAUUAUGUGGGUACAGCCAGGCAGGUGCGGCUCCCUAACUGCAACCUUGAAGAUGAGAAGAGCUUGAAGAAGAAGGGUAGAGGAAGCUUUGACCACAGAGUGGAGGGGACACACAACAUCUGCGCUGUGAAAUGGUAUGACAACAGGGCAGUCACACUUGUGUCAUCCUUCACUGGACCAGAACCUGUGCAGGAGAUUCAGCGCUGGGACAAAGCCACCAAAACCUACAUUGACGUUGAAAGACCUUACAUUGUGGCUACCUACAACAAAUACAUGGGAGGUGUGGAUUUGUUGGACUCAUUUACAGCAAAAUACAAGAUCACCCUGAAAUCCCGCCGAUGGUACAUGUACAUCUUCUGGCACACCAUCACCCUCGCCGUGGUCAACGCCUGGCUCCUCUACAAACGGCACUGUCAGGCUCUCGCGAUGCCAAAGAAGGAGAUGCUAAACAUGAGAAAGUUCCAGGCACAGCUAGCAUCCUCUCUCAUCCUGAUGGACACAACACUCACAACUCCAAAAAGAGGACGUCCAUCAUCAGGCAGUGGGAACCCAGACGCAGCAGGGAGUCCCUUGACUGCUAGGAAGAGACCAUCCUCAGAUGAUGGGAGUCCAAAUUGUCCGUCCAAGAAAUCAUGUGCACACCCCCCACUCGAUGUGCGCAAGGACCUCACUGGACAUUUCCCCAUGAAGGUCAAGAGAGGACGCUGCAGACAUUGCAGUAAAGGGUAUACGAAUACCCAUUGCAGCAAGUGCGAUGUUCGCCUCUGUUUUUCAGAGGAAAGGAACUGUUUUUGGGACUAUCAUUGUAAAUAAAAA